GCUCAGGAGUUCAAAGUUAUACAGUUCUAAUGAAGGGAUUUGGAAAGCAGUCGAGGCUACGUGAACACUUUCAGCACUUCCAUCAUUCUGACUGAUAAAACAAUUAUCUCCGCAAUUCAGGAGAUACCGUGGGGAAGGCUCGACUCUAGUUACAUCCUUGAGGAAUUAGGCUGUUUAUCCCCGUUAUUUAUUAAUGAUAGAUCAAAAGGGUGUCAUGGAUCAAGGACCUGUUGCUAGGAAACCGGGGCAAAUUGAAGAGAGGCCAUUAGCAUAGAGAGCAUGGCCUGUCAUCCGGCCUUGUGCAAGCAUCUCAGAGACAUAUCAUAGCCGGUGAUGGCUCGUGGUGGCCUUUACAGACAGUCAUUAAUACUCAGUCAUGUGCGUUGAUAAUUACACAGUGUUAAUAUCUCCUCUCUAGCACUCAGACUUUAUGAACUGCCUGAUUGAUGAGACGGUAUCACUCGACAACCUCCAGAAAUUGAAACUAGCGUUUGAGGAUUUUGAAACGGGUGGCUUGAGAUCCAUUGAUGCGAAGAAUUUUGGACGUAUAGUGAAGAAGUGUUUGCCUAAGACAAGCGAUGUGCAGAUUCAAGGGUUGUUUAAGAAGAUUGAUUAUUCAGGCCAGGGAAGGAUUUCAUGGGGGGAGCUCUGCACACACAUGCUGCAGGAGUACAAAGAGAAGCAGGAAACUGCGAGACGCAGUAAGCAGGUGGCUUUCUCACUGCCGGCCACCAUGAAGGCGUCAUGUCAUGGCAUCCCCAUCGUCAACAUCCACCCCAGCCGUGAUGGCACCAUGGCAACAGUGCGAGAAGACGGGGUUGUUUGCUACUGGAGCCCCGAACUUAAACCACUGAAGACCAAACACAUGUUUAACGAAGGAUCUGCAAACAGGAAGUCAAAGUGGGCGAGCGACUUUACCAUGAUGACAGAGUUCAACAAGCUGAUGAUCGGCACGGGGGACAGAGAGAUCCAACUUUAUGAGCUUUCCUCUCUGGUGCCUUAUUGCCAGAUCAAUGCACUAGACACAGUGCCUCUGACAUUAGACUACGGCUACACUGGCCCAGAUAAAUGUUGUAUUGUGUAUGGAGACACAGACGGAUGUGUGACUAUCAUUUUAAUAUCCUCUGUUGGAGACACCCUCAGAUUAUGGAAUAAAUUACCAAAGAUUGAAAAUAUGCCCAGCAUAGCGGUGGACAAUGCAGUGCUUUCUCCGAAUGUGACAUUUAUCAGAUGGAAGGUUCAUCACGACUGGGUAACACAGGCAAAACAUUUUCAAAGUUUUCAAGCUGUUGUCUCCUCAUCAAAUGACGAAUCUUCUUCCCUCGUUAUAGGCUGCGUGCUGCCUUUAACAGACGCUGAGCAGCAGUUGAGUGAGAUCAGAGAGGCCUGCUAUGAAGGUAAGACCAAGAAGGUCCAACUGAGCUGGACUCCACAGCUCCGGGCAUCAUGUGACCAGACGGUCUUCGCCGUCUACAAAGGUGUCAAAACCUUUGACCUUUGUCAACAGCACAGUUUGCUGGUCACCGGAGGCAUGGACAGACUCGUACGCAUGUGGAACCCAAAUUUUUCUGGGAAACCGACGGGUAUUUUGAAAGGCCACUCUGCUCCCAUCGUCUACCUCCACAUCGUCUCAGAGGACAGCCAGAUCUUCUCUGUCUCCAUAGACGGCACCGUGAAAAUUUGGGAUAUUCAAGAUCAGUGUUGCCUGUUUACAGCAGAGCCCAAAGCCAGCAGGAUUCACGGUGACAUAUCUGCAUGCUCGUAUUCCUCUGCUAUGAAAUCCGUCUACAUCGCAGCAGACUGUAUGGCUGUGCUCUCCCUGAAGAUAAGGCCACGGCUCCACAGCCGUCUGACUGUUUCACAUAAUGAGACAGUAAUGUGCUGCGGCUACAGCAAGGAGUUUCGUCAAGUUGUCAGCUGCACUGAGGGAUCUGUGGUGAAAGUCUGGGAUUUUGACACUGGGCGUCAGGUUUUUGAGUUUGGCGGCACACAUGACCUGUCUGCCAUCACAUGCAUGACCUUUGACCCCAAAGGGAGGAGACUUGUCACAGGUGGAAGAGAUGGUUGUUUAAAGAUCUGGAACUUCAACAACGGUCAGUGCCUGAAGACACUAAAGAAGGAGGGUGAAUGUCUAGAAGUGUGCGACUGCAUCUUUCUGCAAGUUCACAGGAAUUUCUAUGUGAUGUCUGUCGGCCGGGACCGGAAGAUUGACAUUUACCCAGACAUACCUGAGGACCUUCAUCACGUCCAGAGGCCGCAGCCUUCGUGGCAGGAUGAUCUGAAAAAUGGCCAUAAGGAUGACAUCCUUUGUGUUGCGCAGUGUCCCCCAUCUCUCCUCGCCACCAGCAGCUAUGAUGGAGAGAUUAUAGUGUGGAACGUGGUUUCUGGACGUAUACAGUGUCGGUUUAUCAGCCCUCUUCUAGCUGAACACCAAAAUGUUGAAGGACUGGAUACCAGUGUUCCAAGCAUCAUUUUCCUAAAGAACUCCAAGUUACAGCAGUUUUCCUCGGCGACAGCUCUGCUGUCGUCUGGAGCCACGGGUUGUAUAAAUCUCUGGAACGUGCUCGGUGGAGGAAAAUUUGUGAGCAGCUUCAAAGCUUCUAGAUUCCAACAAAAGAUUACAAACCUGGCUAAAACAGACAAGGACACGUUGCUGUACGCUGCUGACCAAAUUGGUUACAUCUAUGUCUACAACGUGGAGAAGUUUGCCCCUGAGCAAAAAUCAAUUCGAGCUGAAAACUUCUGGCGUGCCCAUACCAGCAGAAUUACUGGUCUGCAGAUUGUUGACAAUGAUCAAGUGGUGCUUACCUCAUCCACUGACUACACUGUGCGCCUUUGGAGUACACAUGGAGAAUUCAUAGGGACCUUUGGGCAGUCUGAGAGCUGGAGCGUCCACAUCUCCUCUUCGUGGAAACAUCCUGCUGUCCCCUACGAGGUUCUGAUCGAUCCUCUGAGUAUGCCUGAUCAUGAGAUUCUGAAUGUAAAAACAGGUCUUUCUGAUGCCAUCAAUCCUGCCACGACUGGGGCUCAUAGAGGUGAACUAAAGUCAGAGACACACCGUAAGCUGAGACGUCCCCCAACAUCCAUCAGUGACACAGACAUUGAGGAAGAUUAAAAGCACACUUUACCCAGAGGAACACAAGACUGGGCUAUGUCAUGAAACUGUCAGGCAUACUAACAAGCUAUCGAUCCACUGCGCUCUGAAAGGCUUUGAUGCUGUGGAGCCACCAAACACCAGAGUUAAGACCUGACCUCUCAUAAGCAGCACUGAGGAACUGAGGCAACUGAAUAAGAUCAAACUGUAUUGAUCACAGUUGGGAAACUGGAUCACUGCAGCAUCCAAUAUCGUAAAGACAUUCUUUUAAAAUGGAAAUAGCGAGGGGUAUAGAGAAUGAGGGGUAUAAUCAUGCCCAACUGGCUUUUUCAACAACAGACCAUGUGAAGUAAAACAAUGGAUGAAAUGAAUGUGUGGAAACAUGUGGAUUACAACAUUAAGGUUCUUUGAAAGAAGCGGAAAGUUAAUGAAGAAUACUAAGAAAUCGAAAUGCUUUUUCAGAGUGCUUUUACGCAAACUUCAGGCUGUCAUUUGCAUUUUGAAACACACAACUGUCCAGCUCAUAGUGCUGGCAUGAAGUGAAGUAAAGUAUAAAGGGGUUGGGUAGCCAUUACCAUUAGACUAGAGCAAUAAAAACGUUAACAUUUAUUAAUUCAUACUGUGAGGAAGAGCACAUUUUCCUCAGUAUUCCUGAGAUGUAGACAAAUUUAGUGACUGUAAAAAAUCUCUUAAAACCCUCUGUAGGCCUACACUACCUGCUGAGCACCAAACAGCAGACAGACAAAGUUAGCGACUUGCUAGUGAACAUAGUGGAGCAUUUAGCAGCUAAAAAGCCAGAUAUAUUUUCCCCAGGAGUUGGUGGAGACCAAAACAGAGUUAAAAGUUGAAUAUUGGGCUUUUAUUCAUCCGUUGGACACAAACAUGACUCCAAAUGCGUAUGUUCCUCCAUGCCUGCUGAAUUUUUGUAAAUAGGCAACUGUUUGCCAACACAUCCUCAUACAACGGUUCGUAUGAUAUGUUACAAAAAAUAUUCCGAAUUUUUCGUGCGUUUUCCUACAAAUGUCCAGCAACACGUGACGAAUGUCCA